GACUAAAUGGCUCGCACAAAAUGAGCAACCACUCCAACCGCGAUAAGGGUUCAUCAGCAGCCUGUCGAUGAUCAUGGUUAUAGAAAGUCCACCAAUCGCCACCGUUGAUAGACUCGCAAACUUCUUGAAACGAUGCACACGAUCGAAGCUCCGGCCAUCCGAGGUUAGAUCCAUUCAGGGACAGCGCGUAACGCGAGAAUUUUCCUGGUAAUUUCCAGGUGCAAAGAAACCCGCGAGGCUCACGUUAGCACGGACAAAGACGGCAAUAGAAAAUGAGCGCUUUGUGUCGUUUUGACGGUUGAGCAAUUUGAAUUUACGCUCUACAUGCUCUCUAUAUAAACCCCGCCCAAAACCCUAACACAUUCGUGGAAAAACUCCAAUUUUUAUUACCAGAUUUGCCCGGGAAAAUGAGUAAAACGUCCCUAGAGUUACUGCCAUCCGUACAGGACCAACCCAAUUCAUUGAGUUACCUUUUCUGUCAAGAUAUUGGUGUGCUGUUUGCCAUUGCUUUGUGAAGAAAAUCGAUGAAGGAUUUGAGAAAAAUGGGUGAGCGCAGUCGUCCUCAUAGAGCAGCUCAACCCUCUAUCAGAUACAGGCACAGCCAAGUUGAGGGGGUAUGCUUUGAGCUUGUUGAUUUUGGUCAGGAAGAUUGUCCUUCCUCUCACUCAGAUAAUAGUAAGCCAACCAGUAAAAUACCUGAUGGCAAGACUUAUGAGAUGUUGAGCACCGCUGAACUCAUCUCAGCAGUUGGUCAAUUGUGGAAUUGCGCAACUCGUCCUCUCUCUGUUUUGCAGUCUAAACCACAUUUGAAAGUCUUUGAUCAUGGCUGUCAGAAAGAGGCUGCAUACUGUUAUAUGAAUGAAGGAAAUGGCAAGACUCCUACUUCAGAUGAUAGGAAAUGUCCCUCGGUUGAUUUGAGAACUGCUAGCAAUUAUUCACCGAAGAUGCAGCAGUUAGAGUAUCUGAAAGCAACUGACAAGAUGUCAUUUUUUGAACCUGGUAGUGGACAUUAUAUGUAUUCAUCUUUCUGGAGAUUUCUACAGGGUGGUGCCAACAAGUCUAAUGAGUUUUGGAAGGGGCAGGGACAUGCAAGUAUAGGAAUUUCAUAUGAUUUGGAAAGCAUAUAUAAAUUGAUGAACAAAAUUACUUUCAUUGGACUAAAAUAUCCUGCCAAUAUUAGCAAGACCAAGAACAUGGAAAUUGAUGAAUGUUGCAUUUCGGGAGAUACAGUUAGUCCUGCCAGUAGCUGCAUUGCAAAAGGUCAAGGCAUUGAUUUCGAUGCUGAUUUAACCAAAUGUAAAGAUUCAUCAGCUGGUGAAAAUGAAAAAGCUAUGAUGAACACAAAUGCUUCCGUCGUCACCUCUGUGUGUUCAGAUUGUUUCCUCAGGGCUAACAAAGAUACAGAAACCUCAGAUGAUAACCCACUUGUAACGAAAAUGGAUCGACGUGAAGAGUUUGUCCUCAAGAAUAAGUCUAAAAUGGAGAUUUGUUCGUCAACACAAGAUAAACCUUGUUAUGCUCUUGCAAAGCAAGACCAUGCUUUUGCAGGAGCAUUGGCUGGUAUAUUUGUCAGCCUUUGUCUACAUCCUGUUGAUACAAUUAAAACUGUCUUUCAAUCUUGUCACACAGAUCAGAAUUCUAUUAGUUACAUUGGCAGAUCUAUUAUUUCUAAUAGAGGUUUAACUGGACUUUAUCGUGGAAUUACUAGCAACAUUGCUUCUUCAGCUCCAAUUUCUGCACUUUAUACCUUUACUUAUGAAUCAGUAAAAGGAGCAUUGCUUCCUCUUCUUCCUAAGGAGUAUUACUCUGUUGCUCAUUGCGUGGCAGGUGGUUCUGCAAGCAUUGCUACUUCUUUUAUUUUUACCCCUAGUGAGCGUAUAAAACAACAGAUGCAAGUUGGUUCUCACUAUAAAAACUGCUGGAAUGCUUUGAUUGGAAUUCUUAUAAAAGGUGGUUUACCUUCAUUAUAUACUGGAUGGGGAGCUGUAGUAUGUAGGAAUGUUCCCCACUCCAUCAUCAAGUUCUACACAUAUGAAAGCUUGAAGCAAUUGACAUUGUCAUCACUCCAGCCUGAUGCUCAACUGAACACAUUCCAAACGCUCAUUUGUGGAGGACUAGCUGGAUCUACUGCUGCUUUAUUCACUACUCCUUUUGACGUGGUGAAGACAAGAUUGCAGACACAGAUUCCUGGAUCUGUGAACCAAUACAGUGGUGUCUUUCACACCCUUCAGCUAAUAGGCAUGCGAGAAGGUUUGAAAGGUCUCUACAGGGGACUGACUCCAAGAUUGGUGAUGUAUAUGACUCAAGGAGCACUCUUCUUUGCAUCAUAUGAAUCUUUCAAAAGUUUGUUUUCUUUGAAGGUGCCACAACUCGGCGCUGCAACAAUAUCUCACAAAUCAAAAUUGGAAGAUAAUCCAGAAUCAUCAUCAUUAUUACCAUCACCAUCGUCAUUUUCUUAAUUGAGGCUGCAAUGUGUGCCCCAAGUCAGCAGUGAUUCAGAGAGCAUCUAGAGAACCUUUCUUCUUGCUUUAGGAGCAAGUACCAGCAAAAGUCUUUGGAUUCUGCUAGAACUGUCUUAUCUUGUCUGAAGCUAUAUGUCUAUCCAAAAGGACAUAAACAGAUGCAGCCUCAUUUGCAGAAAAAAGAGAUAGAGAUCUCUCAGUUGAUCCAGCAGAAUCCCCUUUCUCAAGUGUUCCUAGCCUUUGCUUUCUCUGACAUCCUUGCAGCAGAAGGGACACUGAGGAAAGCAAGUUUCCCUGCUUAUUUUGGAUUGUCUCCUUGAGAAGCUUUGGCAAUAGACUUGGACAAACUAGUUUUGUUGGAAUCCUGACUGAAUUUCUGACCAGUUUUCUUCUCGAAAUUCAUUAACCCCAUGUUUGCAAGUAUGGAUUUCAAGUCCAAAUUUGGUAUUGGGUGGAUUUAAACGAAGUACAAUUGAAGCAUACACCAAGUUUUGUCAAAUUCCAAAUUCAAGGCUCGAACUCCAUCAUCUCAAAUGCACUGUUAGCCUUUGUUUGUUUUAGAAGAAAAUGAUAGCAGGAAAUAAGCAUUGUGGCACCUGGCCAAUGGGGCAUGUAUCAUUCUUAUUGUAUCAUAGAUAUUCAAUGUUUGAGAACUCAUAACCUUGGAUGCAGUUCUGAAAACCAGAAGGUCAGUUCCUGAAGAACUCAGUUUCUCGACAUUCAAGCAUUGUAAACAAUAAAGCUAAUUUUGCAGCUGCAAAUACUUAAGGGCAUUGGUUUUGUAGUUUGUAAAGCCAUUUCCACUCUUUUCUUCAUUAAUUAUUAUGACAAAUGUAUAUAUUUUUUUUUAGCAGGCUUCAAUUUCAAUGUCAUUUUCAUCAUGGUCAAUAACAGUAAUCAUCUUCAUCAAA